AUGCUCGCAUGCAAUGUGAAUGUUCCGUUCGACGGCGAGAAACGGAGAAGAUGCCUUAAAAUUGCAGUGCUGGGUCUUGGUGCCUGCAGUAUCUGGUCCUCAUGGCCCUCCGGAGGCUUUGUGAACUCUGCGACGUCUGCUCCCAGAGGCGAGAUACACUCCAGAGCAUCUGACUUGCGCGUCACGUUGCCUGCGGCAGCUGUCUUGGACCUUGGUUCCGCGCCGGCAGAACCGUCAGCCGUUCAAAUUCUAGUCCCAUUGCUUUGUGCAAUAAUUCCUGUCGCAUAUUGGUGGUACGUCCUUGUUCCCUUCAAGCGCCGUGAAUUGGCUUCAAGCAAGCGUAAGGGUGACAUGAAAGAAUAUCUUCAAGACUUGGCCACAGCGCCCGUGCAGGAAAGAAAGCCCGAGAAGUGGCUGUUUGACAAAUAUUUGCGAGAGGCCAAACUCAUAGAAGCUGGUGAGGCAUCUGGGCUCCCAAAGGCGGUUCAGACCGUAGAAGCUGGACUGCAGCAGCAGCUUCCAGGUGGCAAUGCACAGUUUGUCCGGCUGAGCCUGUCGGCUGACCCAACCAGUCGAAAGUUUUCAAUUUUCACGCGGCAGGGCUUGUCUGAGACUGCGGAUGGGUUCGGUGGACUUCGGAGAAGAGAAGAAGUCAAGACCAAGCCGCAGACAUGCCUGCAAUGCGCUUCAGGAGCGUGGUGA